UUCUCUGCGUUCGGUGAUCACUUAAUGCGACGCGGCGCUCGUAUUUAGUCCUGGGGAAUUUUGUGUGGUUUUUGUUUUGUUUUGGGGAAGGGUUGGAAGAGGAGGGCCACAACAGUCUGAAAGCAACCCACCUUCCAAGACCCAGUACAACCAGCCAAAAAAGGGAGAAGCCCUGGUCGUCUUAAAAGAAGCAAAAAAGUUAGGAGGAACUUGUGUGAAGUUUUUGUUUUGGGAGGGGUGAGGAAAAAGGUGCAGUUGUGGCCAGCUUAGUCAGACCGGCCUGCGUGAGCUGGGGAGUGGAAAGCUCAUGUUUUAGUGGCUCGUCCUCUGCGUGAAGUGGACCGCAGCCCGAUGCCCAGGCUGAAUGUGUGUUGGCUGUUGACCCGCAUGUCGUUCUGAGAUCCGGACUGAGGAAUUGGAGGGGGUGCAGGAGGCUGGCGGGUGCUCCUGGGGGUCGGGGUUGGGGCAAGAGGAGGAGACGGAGACAACUUGCACUUUGCAGCUGGACUCGAGGAUUCUAUCUUGGCGUUUGUUAAAGCGGGGGGGGGAAAGAGGAAGUUUAAGAAAAAGAUAGAAUCAGUGCUGGCGUGAAACAAUUUUUUUCUUUCUAAACAAAAUAAGAAUAAAAACCAAGCCUGGAGGGUCUGAGGAGGCUGCAAUGGAGUGCUGCUACCUGCUGGAGCUGCUGUUGGCCGUGGUGUUGCUGCAGAGGUCGAGCGGAGCCUCGGCCGCUAAGGAGUUGUCUUGUCAGGAGAUCACCGUGCCUCUGUGCAAAGGCAUCGGUUACAACUACACCUACAUGCCCAACCAGUUCAACCACGACUCGCAGGACGAGGCGGGCCUGGAGGUGCAUCAGUUCUGGCCGCUGGUGGAGAUCCAGUGCUCGGCGGACCUGCGGUUCUUCCUGUGCAGCAUGUACACGCCGAUCUGCCUGGAGGACUACAAGAAACCGCUGCCGCCGUGCCGCAGCGUGUGCGAACGGGCUAAGGCCGGCUGUGCCCCCCUCAUGCGGCAGUACGGCUUCGCCUGGCCGGACAGGAUGAAGUGUGAGCGGCUACCCCGGCAGGGACAGCCCGAGACCCUGUGCAUGGAUUACAACCGGACCGAGGCGACCACGGCGGCUCCGCUCUUCCCGCACCGCCCCCGGGCCCCUCCUGCGGCGGCAGCGCCCCCGGCCGCCGCUCCCCCAGGGCCCGGGGCCAGCCGCCGGCCUGCCGUUCCACCGCAGCGGCCUCCUGCCCGCUGCGAGCCGGGCUGCCACUGCCGGGCCCCGAUGGUGCCGGUGCGCAGCGAGCGCCACCCGCUCUACAACCGCGUGAGGACGGGCGAGGCGGCCAACUGCGCGGUGCCGUGCCACGACCCUUACUUCACGGCGGACGAGCGCAGCUUCACCGCCUUCUGGCUCGGCCUGUGGUCGGUGCUGUGCUUCGUCUCGACCCUGGCGACGGUCGCCACCUUCCUGAUCGACAUGGAGCGCUUCCAGUACCCGGAGCGGCCCAUCAUCUUCCUGUCCGCCUGCUACCUCUUCGUGUCGGCCGGCUACCUGGUCCGCCUGGUGGCGGGGCACGAGAGCGUGGCCUGCAGCCGCCCGGCCGCCCCCUUGGAGCCGCACGUCCACUACGAGACCACGGGGCCCGCCCUGUGCACCUUGGUCUUCCUGUUGGUGUACUUCUUCGGCAUGGCGAGCUCCAUCUGGUGGGUCAUCCUGUCCCUCACUUGGUUCCUGGCCGCCGGCAUGAAGUGGGGCAACGAGGCGAUCGCCGGCUACUCCCAGUAUUUCCACCUGGCCGCCUGGCUAGUGCCCAGCGUCAAGUCCAUCGCCGUGUUGGCUCUCAGCUCGGUGGACGGAGACCCGGUGGCCGGCAUCUGUUACGUAGGCAACCAGAACCUGAACAACCUGCGGGGCUUCGUGCUGGCCCCCUUGGUCAUCUACCUGUUCAUCGGUGCCAUGUUCCUCCUGGCCGGCUUCGUCUCGCUGUUCCGCAUCCGCAGCGUCAUCCUCAAGCAAGGCGGCACCAAGACCGACAAGCUGGAGAAGCUGAUGAUCCGCAUCGGCGUCUUCACCGUGCUCUACACCGUGCCCGCCACCAUCGUGGUCGCCUGCUACUUCUACGAGCAGCACAACCGGCCGCACUGGGAGCUCACCCACAACUGCUCGUGCCUGAGCGAGCAGGAGGCCCGCCGGCCCGACUACGCCGUCUUCAUGCUCAAGUACUUCAUGUGCCUGCUGGUGGGCAUCACCUCGGGCGUGUGGAUCUGGUCAGGCAAGACCCUGGAGUCCUGGAAGGCCUUCUGGACACGCUGCUGUUGGGGCAGUAAAGGGACCGGCGGCUCCAUGUACAGCGACGCCAGCACCGGACUCACCUGGAGAUCUGGCACCGCCAGCUCCGUGUCUUACCCCAAACAAGUGCCGUUAUCCCAAGUCUAAAACUGUGGAGCUCUCUCUCUC